ACCUGUAGUUAGUUAGCUAUUUAGUUAGUCAGUGAGCCCGAGCUCGGGGCAUGCCCUGUGCCCCAGGGUUUAAGUCGUGUGGUUCUUGCAGGCAUUCUGUGCUAAGAAGUGACCUGCACACAGACUGUUUGUGCUGCUUGGGAGAAACUCAUAUCAGCGAGAGGUGCAAGAUUUGCAAGUCGUUUAAGCCUUGGACCAAAAGAGAAAGGGACAUUAGGCUCUGGGUCAUGCUAAUGUAGUUGGGGCUGACCCCGACCCUGGCAUGCCACUCCGAACCAGUACCUGGCACCAUGGUUUUGGUACGUGACAACCUUCCAGUACCAUUGACCAGUCGGCACUGCUCCCCGUUCAUGGGGCACGCCAAGAGGGCCAGGAAGACUCCCUCUUUGCAGCGGCACUGAGGGAAAGCUGGGCCAGAGGCUAGAUUCAUGUUGGCAGUCCUCAAUCCCCACCAGGCCCCAGGCCUCCGACUCAAGCUAAGUGGAGUAGCCCGGCCUCUUCGGAACAAGCCUCUCCGGAUGUCUGGAUGCCUUCCACCCCUGAAGCCCUCAGGCAGCCUGGGCUGUCAUGUCCGUGCUGGUGCCUGGAGCGCUGCCGAUGUUGGCCCCGCACUCCAGUGGCAAGCUGCUGCUGGGAUCUCCGCAGUCGCCUCCCAUCCGGUAUUGGUCUUGGUCGAGAGAACGUUACUGAUGCUGGUCACCACCCAGCAUCCGCUUGGGGCAGAGUCCAGGUGGAUCAUCCUCGACGCCGACCAGCCUGUCGGGCUGGGUUUUGUCCGGCCAGGAUUUGCAGUACUUCUCAUCCUCAAGGAGCAAACAUUGACGGGACUGCGGUGGGCAUCGCCGUCGGUCUUCGUCUUGGAGAGGAUACUGCAGUCGGUCAUGGCACAUUCGUUGACGCUGUUCCUGUUUGGACUCCCACUCCAAGUCUCCGUCAAGCCAUCGCAACCCCGGGCGUCGAUCGCUGGCAUCUCGCAGUCGUGGGUCCACCUGUCGAGGCCGUUUGUGGAGCAGCUAUUACCGUUGGUACCAGUUCUCUAUGUCGAGAUCAUGGUCCUGUGGCCGUCGUAGAUCCCGACACUGCCGCUUCUCCCGGUCCAGGGACAGCAGUGGAUGAUACG